AUGCCAGUAUCACCAGUAAUGACUAAAUCAACUUCAACGGCUUCAACAACAGCCAAUACUACUUCGUAUGAUACUGCUGCCACACAAACAUGGAUCACUUGUGGUGAAUGUGCAACCACUUUAGGUUUAAUUGUAUCGGCCAUCAAAUCAUUUGAAAGUGCCGUGAAUAGAGAUCCAGCAAAUGCUACUGCUUUAGUUGGAUUGUGUUCUUCCCUUAGGUUAAAUGAUAUCAGUGUCAACGAAACAGUUGGAUCACAAGCAGCCAUUGAAAAAUUGAAUAAAUCUCUUGAAUCAUUUCCAAGUUUAUCCAAGGAAGCCAACAUUUUCAAAGAAUUGUGUGAAUGUUAUUUAUUAGUUGGGUUAAAUGAUCAAGCUUAUCAAGCAGUUCAAUCUGCAAUACAAUUGGCUCCUCAAGACGCUUCACUAUGGUUAUUGAGUGCUCAGACCCUAAUUAGAGCUGGUGCAAGAGCUCAUGCCACUGGGAGUUUGGCCCACUGUUUAUCACUAUUACCAGAUGGCACAUUUUCCCUGACUGAUAUUGAAACUGCCAGAGCUGCCCAUGCCGAAUUGGCAGCCAUAUCAGCUGCCGAUGGUAACAUAGAACUCUCAAUAAAAGAAUUAAGAGCAACAUUAGAAUUACCUCCACCUCCAUUAUCGAGAAUUGACGAGUAUGUCGCGUUGGUUUGUGCAUUGGCAUCGGCUUUGGAACGUGACAAUGAUAUUCUUGGUGCCAUUAAAGUUUGUGAAGAUGGAGAACUGGUGGUUGGCAAUUCUCCAAGAAUACUAAUGUCCCAUGCUUAUCUAUUAUUGUCGAAUAGCAACACCAACGAUAAGGACGGCGCUGCUCAACAAGCCAUUAAUUUAUUGGCCAAAGUUGUUGAUAUAGACAAUGAAAGUGCAGUACAAGAGGGCAGUGACUUUUUACCCUGGUAUUUAUUGGGUAAAGCAUAUUCACAUUCAGAUCCUCGAUCAGCCUAUGAUUCUUAUCAAGUUGCAUUGCGUUGUGCUUCUAAUUGUUCAAUUAUUUGGCUAGCUGUGGGUAAAUUGUAUUUGGAGUUGAAACAAUUGAAAGAUGCUUUAGAAGCAUAUUCUCAAGCAUUGAAACUACAAUUGGGAGACGGCUCCAAUGGCACCGCUACUGCCUGGGAUGGAUUAAGUUGUGUUUAUGAAAGAUGUGAAGAUCAAUUGAUGGAUGCAUGUGAUGCUUGUAACAGAGCAGCAGUAUGUUUCAAAGCCAUGGGUGACAUUAAGAGUUGUCGCUUCUUUGAAGAUAGAGCCAUUGCCUUAGAAAAGGCUUCUAAAAAAGAGGGACCAAUGUUGAGUUUAAGGGAUCCACCCGACGUCCCAACUUUUUUGAUCAGAGAUAUUGUUGCAUUGGCACCCAAUGAAAGAAUUUCAUUUACUCAACAGCAACUACAAGCUCAACAACAGGCUCAGCAACGUGCCCAAGAACAGGCUCAACAGCAACAAGCACAACAGCAACAGCAACAACAACAAGCACAACAAGCGCAGCAACAACAACAACAAGCACAACAACAAGCGCAGCAACAACAACAAGCUCAAAAAUCGCAGCAUAUACAACAACAGAAUCAUAAUCAAUCACCUGUACCCCCACAACAUCAAGAAACAGCUAGAAAUAGUCCUCAAGUACCAAUUCAAACUCCGCAACAACCACCAGUUCAAUACCAAGGUCCAGCACCACCACCACAAUUACCACCUCAUCAACAGUAUCUUUAUCCUAUACCAAAGAAUUCGCCACGCCAACCACAAUUAUCAACUCCACAAAUUCAACAUUCCUGGUCUCCUCAACCCCAACAUCUUCAACAUCUUCAACAAUCGCCACAUCAAACUCAACAACAACAACAACAACAACAACAGCAGCAGCAGCAACCUGGUCCUCAUCAACAGCAACAACAAUUCUUUUACCCACCUCCACCACUUGGUCCAGGACAACCACAACCAAAUGGAGGACCACAUCGUUCGCCCAUGAACCCCCCACAAAUGAUUCCUGCAGGUGGUGGCCCUUAUGCUAUGGGUCCAGGAGGUCCCAACAAUGGUGCCCCUGGCUAUUACAACUAUGUAUCUGUUCCUGGCAGUGUACAAAACCUGCAAUAUUCAUCACCAAACUGGAGAAGAUAG